ACACACGACGCCCAUGACGUUGUUACAACCUAGCGUCAUUGCGCAGCCAGUGCUCACGUGCUGCGGAGAGUAUUAGGGGUUAUAUAAGACCUUACGCCCUCUUAUUCAUACCCUGACUCUCCACCAUCACAGCUGGUCCCACCGACGUCAAAAAUAGGUACACUCGAUAAUGAGGAUUCAUACUUUUGUGCCGCUACUCUGUGUUGGAGGCGCGUAUGCUCUUCCUGCUCUACCCUGGCUUGCGCAGUUGCCCGUCGAGGGGUUAGUUCGCUGCUGGGGGUUGUUUGCGCCCCUUUCGGAGGAUAGGACAGUUUACCAGGUUUUGAAAGACGACGACAAGUACUCGCGUUUGGUCAAAGCUAUUGAUUUGAGCGACAGGGUUGUUGACCUUUUGGACGACCCUGCGGCCAGCAUCACAUUUUUCGCCGUUCCGAAUUCAGGCAUUCCACACCGUCAGCCGGAUGACGACGACUAUCUCUUUAGUUCCGCAUCUCUCGCACCUAAACGUGGGGAUGAGCGUGAUAUUGCUCAUGACCUUGGUCACCUUGUCCUCCAGGUGGAGGAACUUGAUGACAUGCCCGAUUCUCGUGACAAGGACCAUCGUAAGGAAGCACUUGGGCGAAUCAUUCGAGGCAUCCUCGCGUAUCACAUCUUACCUGAGAAAUUGGAUUCCGCUGGGCUCGUUCAAAACUCUACAUAUGCGACGAAUCUGACAUUGAAGGAUGGGAGCAUGGACUAUCAGCCCCUGCGCUUGACUGUUCAGAGCACGGUUGUGCCUCCUCGUCUCAGGAUCAAUACUGUGGUAGACGUUAUAACGCGUGAUGUUGAGGCUAGCAAUGGUGUCAUCCACGCCAUCAACUUCCCACUCCUGCCGCCCCCUUCCGUGUUCAGUGAGAUGUUCCUUAUUCCCGAAGUCUUCUCAUACGUGACAUCUGCUAUCCAGCGUGUGGACCUAACUGGCGAACUUGAUCGUUGGUGGACCCCUGGAAAAAAUGGUGGUCAUGGAUCAUUUGUCGGCGCACAGAUCACCACUUUCUUUGCUCCCACGUCAGGAGCAUUCCAGCGUCUCCCCAACAAACUGAGACUUUUCUUGUUCUCGCCCUUUGGCGCAAAAGCGCUCAAAAAGCUUUUGGAGUAUCACAUCGUGCCCAACUUCGUGCUGUUCACAGAUUAUGUGCACGAUGCCACUACUGAUUCCGAUUUCGUUGAUGACUGGAAGGCAGGGUCUCAUGCUGGUCCCCCUGUAGAGCUUCCCGGCGAUGCUAUUUACGCUUACAAUCUCACCGUUCCCACCAUGCUGGAGAACCACACGUUGAAUGUCCAGGUUGCGCGCUACAAAUCUAAGAUUCCUCUUCCUGGACCCCCGCGUUACUUUACCAGGUUCCUGGUCAAUGGUCGUGAUGUCGGACCGUAUGACAUUCCUGCUCGGAAUGGCGCUUUGCAAGUCAUUACGGGGCUGCUCAAUCCUCGUGGCCACCACAAAGGAGACCACAAACACCAUGGUCAUCAAUCCAUGGACCUGGAUUGGGAAGAUUGGGAGGAGUGGCUGCCGCAAUGGGCCAUGCAAGAUUGAAGGGCGUUUUCGGUCUGCACUGCUAAUCGAACUUGCGAUGUCAUAUUUAUGCUGUUGUCGACUUUGAUGUAUCACUUUAUGUAAAUUUAUUAUAGCUAAGCACAAGGCACCGCCCACCACAAAUCCUCGUCACCGUCGUGUAAGGCAGCC